AAUGGACCUUAGUAAUAUACAAAUAGAAAGUAACUUUUUUGGAGCACACACAAUGGAUGCUUUAUACAACAAUACUAUUUUAUUUGCGAAGCCAGAAAAUAAAAGCUCUUGGAGCAUUAUUGGCUACCAUAUGAAAGAAUAUGUGACUGAUACUGCAGGCUUUCGUAAUCUCAUGAUCAACUCAUCAUUCCCUCCUAACAAUAAUACAUAUUUAACUCUUCGGAAUACUUCAAAUCUUACUAUUACAUAUAAUUUUAAAAUUAUAAAAUCAUCAUUUAAUCUCUUAAUUUACCAAAUAAAGGACAAUACAAAAAUAUUGUGCCAAAAAUAUUCAGAAUUAUCACACCAUUGUUCAAUUGCACCUGACAAUUUUACAAUAAGCUGUGGAAUUCUAAGUAGCACUUUCAAUAUUUUAGAUUCAACUUAUCUUUUAAUCGUUGAGAAUGGAUUUGUCAAAGAGUCUAUAUAUCAAGAGCCAUUACCAGGCAUUACGGGUAAUUUAUGGAUAGUAAAAACAGAACCAGUACCUCGUGAUUUGUCUGAAAGUGGAACAAAGUAUUUUAUUAAUUUAACCUCUGAAAGCCAACAAAUGUAUAUCAUUGAGUUAAGUGAAAAACUUGUUAAAAGCAUUCCUAUUGAUCCUUCAAGGUUGAAAUUCUCCGGACGCUUUGAAACUGAUUCAAGUGGACAGAUAUUGUUCGAACUUUCUAUAUACGCAAAACAAAAUUCUCAAUCAAAUGUAACCCAAAUAAUAGAUGACCUAAACACAUUAUUUGGUAAUAAACAAAUUACUAAUCUAGCAGAUGUUGAUAUUGAUAAACACUAUCCAUUUACACCAAGAUCAAAUGUAUUUGAUGAAAUCAAGUAUUUUGCAAUCGAUACCUCAAUUGUUCAAAAAGCAUAUGUAUUUGGAUGCAAAGAUCACCACAAAAUCUAUAAAGCGUUAUCUGAUAAAAACUUUGAUGUUGGAAAUGAUAUGGAAAUCUAUGAUGGCAAAAAUAAAUUUACCAAUGAAACAUCUUUAUAUGGAAACGAAGAUAACAAUUUAAAAGAAGCCAUGCUUAAAGAAGAUAAAAUGGAUCGAAUUGUAUUAUAA